CGCUCAAUAACCUAGAGUCCGUCACGGUAAGAAGUCUGCUACACUACCGGGUAGACACUUUUGCUUCACUCGUGUUUGUCGAAUGCAUCUCCCAUUGUGCUGUGGGCAAUGGCAGAGGUUGCGCCGCCUCGCCCGAUUCCAGUACGAGGUCCAGGUUCAGGUCCAGGUCCAUGUCCCGGUCCAGGCGCAAGUUUGUUCAUGGCCGAGGCUGUUGGAACCUUGAACCAUAAUCACCACCACCACCACCACCACCACACAAAUCGUCCACCAACCAUCAACAUCAGCGACCAUGACUCGGGAACUGCUACCAACGUCACCCCACUUCCAAAUACGAAUACUGUUCGCAACUCUACCCAUGUCUAUAAUUUAGGCCUGAAUCCAGCAUCAUCGGCCGAUAUGAGUCCUGUCCUUAGCUCCUCAGAGGCGCAAGCCGCCAAUGGUGAGCAGGUCCAGGUCCUUGACCCAAUCUCACGGCAAAUUCGAGAGCGCACUCACCAGCAGAGCAGGCAGCCUCAAAUCCAACAGAGCGGUGUGCCCUCCAAAUCCACUUAUGCGGAAUCCGGUCCAUCCGAAGACCUAUACUCGGGCAGAAUGUCCUCCGACCCGGUGCCUCUGCGGAGAGUCGAUAGCGGUGCUAGUAGCAACAAGUUAAGCAAGGACAAGAAGAAAGGAGUAUCGUUCCUAAGUCGCAUCAUGGGCGGCCCCAAGAAACGCGAUUCAAUGGACCUGCGUGACGAUACUGUUUCAGAGCUCGCCGACGAUCGUUCCGCCGGCGUCGAGGCCGAGGUAUUUUCCCAGCCUGUUGGCUUCAUACCAAAGUUCCCCGCUCCUCCACGAUACAUCAAGGUCAAAGCUCAGUAUGGGAAAGAGAAGGACUUUGACCGGCUUUUUCUAGCUCAGAUAGCGCUCGACACACCAAGGACGAAGUCGAGGAAGACGUCGAUUGACUCCAAGAUCCACGACAUCAAAGAUACUCCCGUCACCCAGCCGAGUCCGGCAACCAGUACCACGAAUUCUGCCAUAUGGGCGAUGGAAUUUUCAAAAGAUGGGAGAUACCUUGCUGCUGCUGGGCAGGAUAAGAAGUUGAGAGUGUGGGAAGUCAUAGCCACCCCUGAGGACCGUGAUGCCGAGGACAAGCUGGCCGAGUCCGAUCAUGAUGGAGACAAGAUGAAGCUCAAUGCGCCAGUUUUCAAGAGCAAGCUCGCGCGGGAGUAUGAUGGCCACACCUCGAGUAUACUGGAUCUCAGCUGGAGCAAGAACAACUUCCUGCUCUCUUCAUCCAUGGAUAAGACAGUCCGAUUAUACCAUGUCAGCCGAGCAGAAUGCUUGUGCGCCUUCAAGCAUAAUGACUUUGUCACUUCGAUACAAUUUCACCCACGAGAUGAUCGUUUCUUCCUGGCUGGCUCGCUGGACUCCAAGUUGCGGCUGUGGAGUAUACCGGACAAGAAUGUGGCGUACUGGGCCCAAGUGCCUGACAUGGUGACUGCUGUGGCCUUUACUCCCGACGGAAAGACCGCCAUCGCCGGCUGUCUUAACGGCCUAUGCAUACUCUACGACACUGAAGGCCUGAAAGCACAUUCGCAAAUACACGUCCGGUCGGCACGAGGUAAAAAUGCAAAGGGGAGCAAGAUCACUGGCAUUGAUACCAUUGCCUUGCCAAAAGACGGUGCUCAACCAGAUGUCAAGCUUUUGAUCACCAGCAAUGACUCACGUAUACGCAUGUACAACCUGAAGGAUAGGACACUGGAGGUGAAGUUCCGUGGAAACGAGAAUUCCUGCAGCCAAAUACAUGCCUCGUUCAGCGAUGAUGGGAAGUAUGUGAUCUGUGGCAGUGAGGAUCGAAAGGUGUACAUAUGGCCUACUUCGGUUCAGGAGAGGCUCGAUAAUGAUAAGCGACCGAUGGAAGUGUUCGAGGCGCAUUCGGCAAUUGUCACAACUGCGCUGCUAGCUCCUGAGAAAACGCGGAGAUUGCUUGCACAGUCUGGAGAUCCUCUGUACGACCUUUGCAAUCCUCCGCCGGUGACUUUGUUCAGUCGUGCAGACUCGGUCAUCUCAUCCCGUGCGCCUACGAAUAAUAGCUCGGAUGAAAAGAAUCCGCUCUCUGAGAAGCGACUGUCCGGAUCUCCCAGGCGCGCCCCCGAGACCCCGGCCUACCUUGCCCGACAUUCUCAUUCGGGAGGUCAGAUCAUCGUGACAGCGGAUUAUACUGGUCAGAUCAAGGUCUUCCGGCAGGAUUGUGCGUUUCAGAAACGAAAACACGAAUCCUGGGACGGGGGCUCGACCUUCUCCAAAAAAAUGCUUGGUCGGAGCGGUUCUGUCAACACUCGAACAUCCGGGGCUUCCUCGACUCGUCGAAGUUCAUUUGUCAUGGGCUCGAAAAACCAGUCUACCGAUCGCAUCUUGAGCUGGAGAAAUUCCGUGAACGCCACGAACGGCGGCAAUGGUACAGCCGCUAGCAUGGUCGAAAUCCGCGGGUCCUUGAGCAACGACCGGUCACGUAGCGCGUCGCCGAAGAAAUUGAUCUCGCACCGACUCUCGAUGCGCAAAACCUCACCACCGAACAAGAACGGCCUUCUCUCACCUACCUCUCCAGUAUAUCACUCACCACUUAAUCAGAUACAAAAUGGACCAUCCAUCGCUGUCACGUCACCUACAGCAGAAUCACCCGGAAGCUUUCAUUCCGCCUCGCAAAAGACUCCCGAAUACGAAACCCACAUUGCACACACAAAUAUCGUACCUAUCAGAACGAAUCCUAGCCCGUCAGGUCUGCCGCACAACGACCCUCUUCUCUUAAUGGACCAACAAUCCUUCAUGGCAUGGGACAUGCGAAAUACGCUUGCGCCCAUGGCAAAACACGCUCCUCGAUCGCCGGGAUAUCAGGGACUCGAUGGAAAUCCGCUCUCGCGCGCAGGAAGCUAUGUCAGUCAGUUGAGUAGCGAGGUUGCUAGUUCUGAGCAGGGAGCGAACAGCGCAAAUGUAAGUGUGCACGAUGGUGAUGAUGAGCGAGCCGAGAAAAGCCGCAAAUCCCGGUCGAGGCGGCGAAGUAGCGCUGGCAGUGAGGGUGAUUUGCGUUGUCGAAAAUGUGGCAAUAAGACAUUCAGAGCGACAAUGACAGAUAAGGGCCAGAGCAUCCGUUGUAAGAAGUGUGGUACGGUCGUGUGAAGAGCAGGAGACGUUGAGAUUCCACGCCUUUGACGACAGGACUCUGAUGGAACUCCCUUAGCACAACGGCCAGCAUGGCCAAAUCUUUGCAGCCGGCUGGGAGAGUUGACCUUAUUGAGCUCGGAUUCUGGACUACCACGAUUUUGCCUACGACUGUCCGAGUACCUUUGAGACGACUCAUGCAUGAUUGCGACAGCGAAGUGUGCAAAGCAGGGUUGCCGAUGCUCACCCUUACCGGAUGCUAUACAAAAUGCUCCAUGCAGACUGCAAUCUGCAAUCUGCUGGCAUCAUAUGACACUGGAAACCAAUGAACACGAAGUUUAUGAUAACGAACAAACAAAAUACCUCAUCACAGCCUUGCCUUCAGGUGACUGCUACAGCAGGGACAAGAGGGUCAAAGGCGGGGGAAGAGAAGAAGACGGGACAGACGUCUUGAUUCUGGAUAUCUGGAUAUUGUAUAUUGUAUACUGUAUACUAUGGGUCAACAGACAUAUUUGAAAUGUGAAUAUAUGCUCCGUACGGAGUAAGAACAAGCAUUAAAAACUUG